AUUGGGAGAAGGAUAUGGCCACUGCAUUUGUGAGAGGGGCCCAGACAAUGAACUCCAUGUUCUUCAAACCGAUCGGGCGAAAGGGUUUCCACAGGAAAAGCUCUUCACCAGAUAUGAUGAGGGAGAGAGUGGAAACAGAAAGCAAGGAAGUGAAGAGCAAUAAGAGCCAUGUGACGGGUGAGGCAACUCCAUGGAUGCUUGAUGUUCGAACUGGAAUUUAUUACCCUAAAGGCCACGAGAAGGUCCUCGAAAGCAUUCCUGAUGGUGGUGGGGCUGCAGUAAACAUGCAAGUCAAUAGGUUUGACGAUGAAAACAGUUAA